AUGGCCUCGCUCGACGAUAUCUGGGACACCCCCGCAGAGGCCUCCUCUUCCCGCUCAAAGUCUCCCUCCACUGCCGCAGACCAUGACGAACUUGGCUCGCCUCUCCCCAGCAAACGGCCCACCUCCUCACGCCCGCUCUUCCUCGACUCCGACUCUGAGAACGAAGCCCAAGUCUCAUCUAAAUCCCGCUACGCGUCCAAGCCGGCCUCCAAUAAGCCCGACAUAGACGCGUUCUUCGCGGACCUCGACGACGACGACCCGGAGACCGCCUUCCAGGACCUCGCGCCGUCCCUCGACGUUGCGGCGCUCAAGCGCCAAGCAGAGGCUCGACUCGCGCUCACCCCGCACCAGAUCCUGCCCAGCAGCUCACCUCCUCGAGACUUGAGUGACGGCGAAGAUGGAGGCGCGAAAAAGCGGGCGGGCGACAGGAAGGGUAGGGAUGAGCCGGCCAUGAAGAAGAAGAUAAAGCGGCGGCGCCCCUUGGAUGAGGCGCGUCUCGUGAGCCCCGAUGGCUUCCCGGCGCUCAUCAAGCAGGCGAAGGAAUUCAAGCCGAAGGGAAAGGGUCACGAAGUACAAGAUUUAGGCAGGCUCCUCAACGUGUACCAGUUCUGGGCGCACAACCUGUACGCAAACACCCAUUUCACCGACACCGUCCAGAAGGUGGAGAAACUAUGUCACUCCAAACGCAUGAAUGUGGCGCUGAGCGUCUGGCGAGACGAAGCCAAAGGGCUCAUCAACGGACACAAGAUCCCCGGCCCAGACGACCCGCUCAACUCCUCCGACAGCGACAACGACCACGGCGACGGCGCGAACAAGAACGCCAGCCGGUCCCGCGCCGCGACGCACGAGCCGCAAGACGUGCCCAUCGCGACCGACGACGAGCGGUCCUCCCCCCCGCGGAGCACGCAUGGGGCAUCCCUCCCACCAUCCUCUCCCUCGUCCGGGGCGUCGUCCUUGGGUGCGCUGGACGACGACUUCGACAUCGACGCGAUGAUCCGCGAGGACGAGGCCGUGCGCAUGCAGGGGCCUCCCGCACCUGCUCCGCGCCCGACGCCGCAGGCCACCUACGGUGUGCCGCGUGGAGGCGCGGCGGACGAGGACGAGGACGCGGCGAUGUGGGACGCGGUUAUGGACGACUUGCCGGACGGGCCGUACGUCCCGCCCACACGUCAGCCUUCUGGGCCCAGCAAUUCUGGUGGCGGCGGCGGCAUGGACGAGGACAUGGACGAGGACAUGUGGGACAUGGUGCGGGAGAUGGAGGAUGAGCCGACUGCCACUACUGUGGCCCCCACUGCCCCUGCUCUGUUCGCACCUGCGACUGGGGCAGGCGAGGGUCAGGCUCAGACUGGAGCGUCCAUACCCGAGGAGCAGGGGGAGCCCCGAAAGGCGACAAACGACGAGGGAUGGGACGAGAUGUAUGCAUAGUUUCACGUUCUCCCGUGUAUGUUAUUGCCGCUUUGGAUCAC